AUGCGGAAGGCAACUGCCGUCGCACUAUCACCUUCUGUAGCUAACCUAUUGGCAGCUCAGCGUAUGCUCGAUCUCGAGGAACCGCUCGUCAAAUCGAAGAAGUAUCCGUUUUUUAAGACACCUAGGAUCGGUUCACGACGGAUUCGUAAUCGUCUCGUGCAGAAACAGGGGAUAUGUAAUAUAAGUCUCAAGAAUGUACCAAAACAACGGCGAAAAUACUUCAGGUAA